AUGAACAAAUUUAUUAUCUUUGCUUUCUUUGCCUUUGUCCUUGUCUCUGCUGUAUCUGCUGCUUCAUGUCAAGGAAAUUGCCAUUUGAACUACAACAACUGUUAUGAGGCUUAUGUUAAGAAUCCAUCCAAUAAUUUCUAUGCCUGUUUGAAUGCCUUACAUAGAUGUGUCUUCAACUGCCAAGUCAACAACCCAGGACAAUAA